CCGAACUCGGUAAAUCCAGUGUUAUUUUAAAUCAAAUUUAAAUGUUGACACAGGGUACAUCAAUGAAGGGUGACACGCAGCGAAGACGAUCUAACGUGACUGAAAAAGUUGACAAUCAGGCAGAGGAAAAUAAAUAUAAAUCUAAGAUGGGAUUGGGCAGAUAUAUGUUUCGACGUUAUAGUCUUUUAAAGAUCGUGUUCAUUGUUGGUGUUGUGUAUUUUGCUGUUAAAGUUUGGCAGGUAUUAGGUGUACCUAAUAUUAGUAAUGAACUCCCCCCUCCUGAAAGGAAAGCUGAAGUAAUUAAGUGGAAAUACAGCAAGAAUUCCCAGGGACUCACAGAAAUGUCUUUUCAAGAGAUAAUAAAUACGAUUAAAAGUAAGCAAGUACAAAAGUUUAGUCGGCCAUUAACUGAUGACGAAGUGAACACGAUUGCGAAGGUCAAGGGUGCCAAAUUAAAGGAUUUAAACAAAGUUUACGAAAGCAGCGGGAGUUUGAAAUUCAAGAAUGGCAGAUUCCUGUUAGAGGGCAAGCCCUUGAGAAUAUUGAGUGGUGCCAUGCAUUACUUUAGAGUAAUGCCAGAGUACUGGGAGGACCGAAUGCAGAAAAUGAAAGACUGCGGUCUUAAUGCGCUUGAAACUUAUGUCGCCUGGAAUCUGCAUGAAGAUGAACCAGGGCAGUUCAACUUUGGUGGUAUUCUCAAUAUAAGAAAGUAUAUACAAACGGCCAAGAAAGUUGGACUGCACGUCAUCCUACGACCUGGGCCGUACAUUUGCUCUGAGUGGGAUUUUGGUGGCAUGCCGGCGUGGUUACUGCAAGACCCAACCAUGAAAGUAAGAAGUGAUCAUCCAGAUUAUAUGAAAGCUGUUGAAAAAUAUCUAGGAAUGCUGAUUCCAGAAAUUGUAGACCUACAGUACUCAAAAGGAGGACCAAUCAUAGCUGUCCAGAUUGAGAAUGAGUUUGGAUCGUACAGCUCAGAUGUAGGGCAUCUCAAGUUCAUCAAACAGGAGCUAGUAAAGAACGGCAUAGUGGAGAUGUUCUUUAUCAGUGAUGGCAUUGUCAAUGACAAGUCUGGAUUCCAAGUGGCCCCGUUUUAUGAUGAGGCAUUGCCGACUGCUAACUUCAUGAAGUACGGACUGGGCGAGGCACUGUUUGAGCAGAUUAAGUCCAUCAGUCCACACUUCCCGCUGGUAGUCAUGGAGUUCUGGUCGGGAUGGUUUGAUCACUGGGGCCAGCCACAUGCCAACCCUAGCACCAAAUACUUCGCCUCAGAUUUAGAGAGUCUUCUGCAGAUGGGGGCAUCUGUGAAUUUCUACAUGUUCCAUGGAGGAACCAAUUUUGGAUUCAUGGCUGGAGCAAACUGGUUCAACACGUCUACCUACAAAUCGGAUGUAACCAGUUAUGAUUAUAUAGCCCCACUGAAUGAAGCAGGUGACAUCACCCCCAAAUAUGAAAUCAUACGAGAACUUAUAAGGAGAUAUGAGGUGAUUCCAAAAGGUUUGCCUGACCUGCCAGACCUUCCAGCAAUCAGUGUCAAAGGAAACUAUGGGAAGGUUGUUAUUGACCAGUUCAUGCAGAUGGAAGAUAUGAUCAAUUCGGUCAAGCCAAUCAAAAUGGACAAGCCGGUUCCCAUGGAGAUGUUGGAUUUAGGAGAGGGAACUGGACAGAACUAUGGUUUCAUCCUGUACCGGACAGUCAUCAAACAGGGCACCAAACUAAAGUUUACACGUCCUGUAAAAGACCGCGUUCAUGUGAUGCUGAAUGGGGUAGAGGUUGGCCUGUUCACAUGGAGCAGCAGCUUCUGGGAGGUCAAGGUCACACAGGACAAGGUCACAGAUGAUAACAUAUUAGACAUCCUGGUUGAGAACCAUGGCAGGGUGAACUAUGUACACCAGGGCUUCAACAGGUUUAAUGAGGAACACAAAGGUAUCACAGGGGAGGUGCUAUGGGAUGGCCAGCCAAUCAGGAACUGGCAAGCCUACCCACUGCAGUUCACAGAGGAUGACAUGGAGAGGUUCAAUGAAAGUUCCAAGUGGAAAAUCUUUGCAAACUGGAAGGGGAUCACAUCACUGUACCGAGGCACUCUGAAUAUCAACGGCACACCAAAGGACACUUUCUUAAAUAUGAAGGGUUGGAAGAAGGGAGUUGCAUUCAUCAAUGGGUUCAACCUGGGUCGCUACUGGGACGAGGGGCCUCAGAAAACCCUGUAUGUCCCUGCCCCUGUACUGAAACCUGGGGAUAAUAAGGUUGUGAUAUUUGAGCUGCACAAGGCCUCACAUUCCAUCAUGUUUGAAGACACACCCAUUUUGGGAGGUAGUCAAUCUGGCACAUAUUCUGGGCAAGAUGUUUGACCCCAUAGGCCAUUGACGUCAGUUCAGUGAAGUUCAAUGCAGGAGAGAUUUUUGGAACAUUUUUGAAGAUGAAGAAUAAACCAUGCUAUGUUAUAAAGGUCAUAGACUCAACAUCCAUGGCCUCCAGAAAAAAGGGCUUACAGUCUACAAACUGUGAAUUUUUUAGUUAUUAUUUGAAACAGUAGAAAAUCUACAAACUCUUGCCUACUUAGUUUUUGUUCUGUUAAGGUAUUUUGAGGCAGGCCGCAGAUUUAAAACUUUAUUUGCAAAGACAUGGACAACAAGACUAUUGCCACGCAAUAAAAGUCUCCUACCGGCUCCACAAUUGUCAGAAAUUUCACCAUUUUCAGGAUAUUUCUUUUUUGUUUCCAUAGCAACCACAAUUUUUGACAUAGGAACAAAAUGACGUGCAUAAUGUCCAUAUUGCCAUCUAUCCAUGUUCCAAGUUUCAUGAAAAAAUGUUAGGAACUUAUAAAGUUAUCGCAGGAUCCAGAAAAACCAGCAUUUUCAGCACUUUCUAGGCUAUUUGUUGCCAUAGCAACCACAAUUUUUGACGUAGGAACAAAAUGAAAUGACGUGCAUAUUGUCCAUAUUGCCAUCUAUCCAUGUUGCAAGUUUCAUGAAAAAAUAUUAAGAACUCUUAAAGUUAUCGCAGGAUCCAGAAAAAACACCAUUUUCAGCACUAUUUCUAGUCUAUUUGUUGCCAUAGCAACCACAAUUUUUGACGUAGGAACAAAAUGAAAUGACGUACAUAAUGUCCAUAUUGCCGUCUAUCCAUGUUGCAAGUUUCAUGAAAAAAUAUUUAGAAAUUUUAAAGUUAUCGCAGUAUCCAAUAAAAACACCAUUAUCAGCACUAUUUCUAGUCUAUUUGUUGCCAUAGCAACCACAAUUUUUGACGUAGGAACAAAAUGAAAUGACGUGCAUAAUGUCCACAUUGCCAUCUAUCCAUGUUCCAAGUUUCAUGAAAAAAUAUUAAGAACUUUAAAAGUUAUUGCAGGAUCCAGAAAAAAAACACCAUUUUCAGCACUAUUUCAAGUCUAUUUGUUGCCAUAGCAACCACAUUUUUUGACGUAGGAACAAAAUGAAAUGGCGUGCAUAAUGUCCAUAUUGCCAUCUAUCCAUGUUUCAAGUUUCAUGAAAAAAUAUUAAGAACUUUUAAAGUUAUCACAGGAUCCAGAAAAGUGUGACUGACGUAGACAAAACCAUAAGUCCCCUCCGGUGAAACCGGUAGGGGACUUAUAAAUAGUUAUUAUUGUGAGAUACAAUUGUUAGGAAGUUUCAUCUAUUAGGAAGCCUCAAUAUGUAUAAGAUGAUCUAUUAGUUCUAUGCAUUUGUAUUUCAGGAACAUAUCUAAUUAUCAAAGGGAGAUUGUGAAACCACUGUAUCAGAUUUUGUAAAUUUGAAGAAGAUACAACUGUUUCACUCUUAACUUUUGUUACAUUCUCAAAACAUUCCUUGCAAGUCACAGUGGUUGUCUUUCCAGAACAUAAUCUCAAUAUGUUUGUUGUCAUGUCUUCCAUUAUUCAGCUCUCCAUUGUAAAUAGUGCAUGUAUACUGAUAUAUAAUUGUAACACUAAGCAUACAUUCUGUUAUAUGUAUACUGAUGUAUAAUCGUAACACUGUGUAUACAUUCUGUUAUCACUACAUUAUUUUAACUGGGAGGAUGGUGGCUAUACAAAUGUGUUUCUGUAUAUGGGCCGUGCUCUGUGAAAAAGGGAGUUUAAUGAACAUGCCUAAAGUGUCGUCCCAGAUUAGCCUGUAGGCUCUUCACAGGCUAAUCUGGGAUGACACUUUCUGCUUUUAUAAUAUGUUUAGUUUCAAAAAAGUCUCUUCUUAGCUAAAAUUUAGGCAGAAAGUGUUGUCCCAGAUUAGCCUGUGCGGACUGCUUUAAAUGAAGUCUGCAUUUAACCCCCUUUUCACAAAGUGCCGCUCAUAUAUUUUUGAGCAAUCUGCUGGCAAAUAUGAUUGGUUGUUUCAUUUAGAUACUCUUUAAAUGAAGUCUGGACAGUAACCAAGUUUUUCUGUAAAUAUUACGAAAGUCAACAAUGCUUAAAAUAUAACAGUUUUAAUCUGCGACAAGUCAUUGGUAAGUCUAAAACACAGAUCCAGUAGCAAGCAAGCUCCGUUGGUAGAUUGCUGGACUGGGAAUCUGAACAUAUCGGAUUUGAUCCUUGGUCCCGCCACAUAACUUGUUCUAUGAUUGGUCAUGAAAUCCAGGUACUGGCAUUAGUAUGUGCUCUGUUGGUAUACCAGCAAAGAGCAGUUGCAGGUACUGGCAUUAGUAUGUGCUCUGUUGGUAUACCAGCAAAGAGCAGUUACAGGUACUGGCAUUAGUAUGUGCUCUGUUGGUAUACCAGCAAAGAGCAGUUACAGGUACUGGCAUUAGUAUGUGCUCUGUUGGUAUACCAGCAAAGAGCAGUUACAGGUACUGGCAUUAGUAUGUGCUCUGUUGGUAUACCAGCAAAGAGCAGUUACAAGUACUGGCAUUAGUAUGUGCUCUGUUGGUAUACCAGCAAAGAGCAGUUGCAGGUACUGGCAUUAGUAUGUGCUCUGUUGGUACACCACUAAGCCAUGAAGCUUGAGGAGAUUAAAUGCACACCUUGAUAUGAAUCAAAUAAUGGCUCUGUUGAAAACUGACUAACAAACAAACUACAAUGUAUUGAUUUACGGAACUAAGUUUUGAUCUCCCAAGGUCAAUCAAGUAGGAUUGUGUAUAAAGUUGGUUUUGACUAUGCAACUGAUGCUGAUAAACACUGGUUGUGAACUUUUCUUUGUGGAUGAAACUUUUUGUUGGUUCACUUUUCAAAAAUUCUGUAUUUCAAUAUUUGUUCAAUAUUUGAUGUGUUUUACACGUGUACAGUUUUUAUAUACUGUGUGUAAUAUGUGUAAUAUUGUAUUUUUUGUGUUGGUGUAUGUUUUAGUUUGUCUAUUAAUUAUUAAAUUAAAUAUCUCUUAAAAGGGAAGAUAAUUUUUCAAAAUAGGAAAUAUACAUCUGUCAAAGAGGGGAUGUAACUCUGUUAUAUAAGGGAGAAAACUCUGUAAAAAGGGGAGAUAGCUAUGUGAAAAAAGGGGAGAGAACUCUCUUAAAUAUGGGGGAUAACUCAUUUAAAUAUGGGAGAAAAGUGGAAAAAUUUACAGUCAAAACUGACCUAACUGUCACUUGAGAAUAACGGUCAAUUGCAGACAACGGUCAGUCUUGAUUCCCUCCGACGAAAAUCACUCUACAUUACACUUGAGAAUAACAGUCCAUAACAGCCAGCAUAUUUCACUCCGAAAGUCAUGUUUGAACUGACAGCAAUGGUCAAUAGAUCUUUAUUGCUGAUGCGGUGUUAAAAAACAACACUAAGCUGAUAUAAAUUGCCUUGAAACUUUUAUAAUAAACUAAAUAUUUUUAACAAGAUUUUGGCGUCUUUUUCUUUGAAUUUGAACAGUUAUACCGUACUUUCGGUUUAUGACAGCAAAUCCGUUUUUUAGCUCACCUGAGCAAAACGUGCUCAUGGUGAGCUUUUGUGAUCGCCUUUUGUCUGUCGUCUGGUGUCCGUCGUCCGUCCUGCAAUGUCAACAUUUGCCUUGUUCACUCUCUAGAGGCCACAUUUAUUGUCCAAUCUUCAUGAAAUUUGGUCUGAAGAUUGGUUUCAAUGAUGUCUUGGAUGAGUUCGAAAAUGGUGACGUUUGCUUGAAAAACAUGAAUGACAAGGGGCGGGGCAUUUUUCCUAAUAUGGCUAUAGCAAAAUCUUGUUAACACACUAGAGGCCACAUUUAUUGUCUGAUCCAAAUAAAACUUCGUCAGAAGAUUCAUCCCAAUAAUAUCUUAGACGUGUUUGAAAAUGGUGUCGGUUGGUUGAAAAACAUGGCCGCCAGGGGGCGGGGCAUUUUUCCUUAUAUGGCUAUAGUAAAACCUUGUUAACACUCUAGAGGCCACAUUUUUUUUCCGAUCUUCAUAACUUGCUCAGAAGAUUUGUCCCACUGAUAUCUUGGAUGAGUUCAGAAAUGGUAACCUUUGCUUGAAAAACAUGGCUGCUAAGGGGCGGGGCAUUUUUCCUUAUAUAGCUAUAUAUGACUAUAGUAAAAUCUUGUUAUCACUCUAGAAGCCACAUUUAUUGUCAAAUCUUCAUGAAACUUGGUCAGAAGAUUCAUCCCAAUAAUAUCUUGGACGAGUUCAAAAAUGAUGCCGGUUGGUUGAAAAACAUGGCCGCCAGGGGGCGGGGCAUUUUUCCUUAUAUGGCUAUAGUAAAAUCUUGUUAACACUUUAGAGGCCACAUUUAUUGUCCAAUCUUCAUGAAAUUUGGUCAGAAGAUUUGUCUUAAAAAUAUUUUGAAUGAGUUCGAAAAUGGUUACAUUUGCUUGAAAAACAUGGCCGCCAAGGGGCUGGGCAUUUUUUUGUAUAUGGCUAUAUAAGGCUAUAGUAAAAUCUUUUAACACUCUAGAGGCCACAUUUAUAGUCCGAUCUUCAUGAAACUCGGUCAAAAGAUUCAUCCCAAUAAUAUCUUGUUGGACGAGUUUGAAAACAAUAAUGUUUGCUUGGAAAAAAUGGCUUCCAAGGGGCGGGGCAUUUUUCCUUAUAUGUCUAUAGUAAAAUCUUGUUAACACUCUAGAGGCCACAUUUACUGUCCGAUCUUCAUGAAACUUGGUCAGAAGAUUCAUCCUGAUAUCUUGUUAUCUCAGGUGAGCGACUUUGGGCCUUUCAGGCCCUCUUGUAUAUUUGAGGGUUUACUUUUUUAAAUUUUAUGCUUGAUUUUUUACUGCAGCAUUUUAGGUCCAAUGUUUACAUUUAUCAAUAUUAAGCAUUUAAUGACAAACUUCAAAACAUGCCAAAAUUUGUGAAAAAGCCCCUUUUAAGCGAAACAUUUAUAAAAGUAAUUACAUUGUGUGGUGUGGUAUUUUAUAUGCAUGUGACAUUAUUUGUUGAAAUAUUACAUAUUGCAUACUUGUACAUGAUCCCCAAUAAAGUAUUUUUACACUU